AUGGCUGCGGCCAGUAAAAGUGUGGUUAGUGAUACGAAUUCGACUGAUACCUGGCCUAAAUGGCAGGUAGCUCUCGCUAUCGGUGCUCCUUUGGCAGUUGUCAUCGGGGGAGUAUGGGCAUACAGGCGAAGCAAGCGAAAGGACGCCAAAUCAUCACCAAAGAAACGAGAUGACAAAGAUAACACAACGUCCCAGUCGAACACCGGCAAAGAUAAACACUCGACGCCAUCACCAACGAAACCGGCGUCUGGUCAAGAGGAGGAGCAGACUCCAUUGGAAAAAGCACAAGCAGAAAAAAACAAAGGAAAUAAGUACUUUAAGGCGACUCGUUAUGACCAGGCUAUCACAUGCUAUACACAAGCUAUUAGGAUGUGUCCUCCUGGGAACAAGGCAGAUCUGGCCACAUUCUAUCACAACAGGGCUGCAGCCUAUGAAAAACUGAGAAACAAUAAGAUGGUUGUGGAGGAUUGUACGAUGGCUCUGGAGCUCAACAAUCGGUAUGUGAAGGCAUUGACGCGGCGGGCGGCAGCAUGUGAACAACUAGAGGAUUUAUCACAGGCACUGGAAGAUGUUACAGCCCUGUGUAUUUUAGAAGGCUUCCAAAACCCAACUUCCCUUCAAACAGCUGAUCGUGUUCUAAAGAACCUUGGACAAACCAAGGCAAAAGAAGCAUUCCGUAAUCGUAAACCAGCUAUGCCCUCCAAACAUUUUAUCAGAACAUACUUUGCUGCAUUUGUCAAUGACCCAGUUUUAAAUGCUGCCAAGAAAAGUGCACCUCCUAAGCCUGCUGACACUGACCAAGUAGCUAAUGGAGAUCCUGAUGCUAGUCCCUAUCAGCAAGCUCUGUGGAAGAUCAUAGAUGAGGACUAUGAUGAUAUAGUUUCAUUGUGCACACAGGAGCUUGACUUUCCAGACAGCCAAUCAAAAACUGAGGCUAAGUUACUACGGGCAACACUCUACUUACUAUGUAACCAAUAUGACCUUGCACUGGCUGACCUCAAGGUCGUUUUAUCAGAGGAGGAUAUACCCAAAAGAUUAAGAAUAAAUGCUAUGAUAAAACGGGGAAGUAUAUACAUACAAAUGGAAAAACAGACGGAAGGCUUGGACGAUUUCGCGUCUGCAGUUAGGAUUGAUCCAGAAAAUGCAGACAUUUACCAUCAUCGAGGACAUCAUAACAUACAGUUAGAAAGGAUAGAUGAUGCCUUACGAGAUUUGGAGAACGCCAUUUCAAAGGAUCCAACAUUUGCGGCUUCUCAUGUACAGAAAUCCUUUGCAGAACACAAGAGAACAGCUAUGCAGAUGAUGGGCUCUAAUUUGCCCCUCCCACAGACAGUGUUGCAGUCCUAUAAGGCAAAUGUCGACAUGUUCCCCAAGAACGGUGAUGCACGUGCACUCUAUGCUCAGGCCCUGGGGGAUGCUGGCAAGUUUGAGGAAGCUGAGGUGCAGUUUGCAGAAGCUGUGAAACUUGAUCCAGAUAAUGCGACAGCACUUGUACAUAGAGGGUUGCUGAAGCUUCAGGCAGACAAGGAUAUAAAAGAGGCCACGCGCACCAUCAACACUGCCCUGGAACUGGACAACCGUUGUGAAUAUGCGUAUGAAGUCCUUGGAACCCUGGAGGUCCAGCAAGGACAUAUGGAUAAAGCCAUGGGUCACUUUGAGAAGGCUAUUGAGUAUUCUCGAACAGAGUCAGAAAUGGCACAUCUAUUUUCGCUCUUAGAAGCCGCCAAAGCUCAGCUUAACGUGGCAAAAAAUUUUGGAAUUCAGCUUCCAAGUUUUGGUGGAGGACCUCCAAUGGUGUGAAAGACUUCAAAGAACAAGGAAUGCUUUCAUCGUCAUCCUUUUUGAAUUAAUGAAGGGUCCACAAUUUUUGAAGAUGAUAGAAAGUUGUGUGUAUUUUUGUCUUCUUAUCAUGUAAUCUGUUAUAAUUAAAUUAAUUAAUACCUUCUUCGAUCAUUUUGUAAGGUGAUUUCCCAGACAUCCUCUUUCGGUGUCUACUUUUCAAUCUUUGACUAACUAUUUGGGUUGCUGAGCAGCCGCAGUAAUCAGCUGUGUCAGAGUUGAAAGCUGAAUGAAUUCUCAAGAGUGUGAAAUUUUUUGUGGUGAUAUGAUGCUACUUCAUACAUACAGAAAAAAAUGAGAAAUCUAAAAAGACAAUUGCUGCUUUUGAAAUCCAGUUUUCUGGUAGAUAAUUGUUUUUCCUAAUAGAUUAUCUUCUAUGUGCUAUAUAAAAUGCUUGAUAUUACUAAUUCUCUUGGAUUUUAAUUAUUAAAACACAGGUGUAUAAUCAUGAACUUCACUGUCAAAUCUCCAAGGACUGGAGUCUUUAGUUUGUUUUGUUAAAUUUGGCAGUCACAAAUGUAAAAUUUUGGUUGCAAGCUGGAAGAAUUUUUAAAGUAAAUUCUAUUAAAUUUUCUCUAUUUCUCUUUUUUAAGCUGAGUUGAUCAUAUUACAUAACUAAAGAUUAUGAAUUCCAUUCAUCAACAAUUGUGAAAUAAGCUGUUAUAUUUAAAUGAAACUGACCACUUCUGGUUUACCUGGACGAAUGUCCAUGAGAGUUCUUAAUGUGGGAGUAAGUGGUGGAAACCUAUGUGGUUCAGCAGGUGAUGUUUCCCACACAUUUUUUCUAUUCAAUCAACAGCUGGAACCUUAGUCGAUAAGACGAAAGGUGAGUGGGUUACAACAUUGGCAUCCAACUAUUGUACUAGGUAAUCACAAACAGGACUGAAUUAGAUAAGAUUACAGACUACAGAUUAUAGAAGGCUUUCAAACAUCUCCAGUUUUGAAAUCUUGAUGGAUAUAUUUUUGGUGAUACAUGGUAUGAUGUAUUGUUCACCAUGAGGCCAAGUAAUGCCAGUCUGUAGAUGUGGACAUACAGAAUCUUGGCUUGUUAUAGGAUAAUAACAUAUUAAUGAGGCCAAGUAAUGCCAGUCUAUAGCUGUGGACAUACAGAGUCCUGGCUUGUUAUAGGAUAAUAACAUAUUAAUGAGGCCAAGUAAUGCCAGUCUAUAGCUGUGGACAUACAGAGUCCUGGCUUGUUAUAGGAUAAUAACAUAUUAAUGAGGCCAAGUAAUGCCAGUCUAUAGCUGUGGACAUACAGAGUCCUGGCUUGUUAUAGGAUAAUAACAUAUUAAUGAGGCCAAGUAAUGCCAGUCUAUAGCUGUGGACAUACAGAGUCCUGGCUUGUUAUAGGAUAAUAACAUAUUAAUGAGGCCAAGUAAUGCCAGUCUAUAGCUGUGGACAUACAGAGUCCUGGCUUGUUAUAGGAUAAUAACAUAUUAAUGAGGCCAAGUAAUGCCAGUCUAUAGCUGUGGACAUACAGAGUCCUGGCUUGUUAUAGGAUAAUAACAUAUUAAUGAGGCCAAGUAAUGCCAGUCUAUAGCUGUGGACAUACAGAGUCCUGGCUUGUUAUAGGAUAAUAACAUAUUAAUGAGGCCAAGUAAUGCCAGUCUAUAGCUGUGGACAUACAGAGUCCUGGCUUGUUAUAGGAUAAUAACAUAUUAAUGAGGCCAAGUAAUGCCAGUCUAUAGCUGUGGACAUACAGAGUCCUGGCUUGUUAUAGGAUAAUGACUUAUCACUUGGCAACUCUGAUACUGCAAUAUAUGGGGGGCUUAUAAGCAGACAUGGGCUUAUUGUGGCACACAUACAAAUAAUUAAAGGAUUUUGUAAACAGAUAUCUGUCUUAUGGAAUGGGUGAAAAGUCGAGUUUGUUCUAUUUUAAAGUAUGUUUGUCUCAGUGUUUGGUUUUGUUUUCAUUACAGAGUCCAGUAUUGAAAUAUUGGACAGAUUUUUAUCAUAUUGUUCAGUUAUCAGGACAACAGCACUUGUAUGUAAAAGACAUCUCAAUUUUUAAAUUGAAGUAAAUGAAAUUAUUAAAGAAUUUAAAUUGUAAAUUCCAUGGAAAAGCAUGAAUAUUUGAAUUUUCUGGUGAGAGACACAGAAGAUAUGUACAUGGUGUAGAUAUAAUUUGUUGUUUUGAUAAGAAAUUUGUGUAAUUGAUAGUACCCAGUUUUGAUUUUACUUAUAGUAUCAGCACCAUAAGGGAGGUAAGUUAGUUACCAUUCACAAUAUUUUGUUUUGUUAGUGUUAAAAUAGUUCGCAAACUGGUACUUAAUGUCACACAAUAACAAAGGAUACAUCUUUAAUUUGAACAUUUAAGUUGUAUUAAAACUAAAACCAUUUUGUUACUGACUUACAUGAAAACAUUUUUUAAUGAUCAGAUUUCCAUGGAGAUGCAUUCCACAACAUUCAGGGUCAUAAUAAUUCAAAUUGUUAGCUUUCCACAAUUUAUAAACUCACAACCAUACUUCACUUUUUUCAGAUAGCAUAAUCAGCAGUAAUAGAAAUUGAUAUCUCUAUAGGCAAUAGAAUGUAUAUGUUUUGUGGUCUGCUGACCUAAUUUUCAGCCCAAAAACAUCAUGAUUUUAGGGUUGACCUGUGUGAAUUUUUUUAAAGUGGUGUGUUGUUUUUCAUUUGAAAGAUUUUUUUUCAAUACUGAAAAAGAUAAAUCUUCGUACUUUUUGUCAUAUGAAUGGUGAAAUAUUACAUUUAGGAACCAAUCUUUAAAUUUAAGCUUGUACAUAAGCAUCCAGUAUCAAUAGUACACAGUUGUCUUUUGUUGAUUUUGAAUUGUUUUUGCUUUUGAUCUUUGUUCUGAAUGUCUCGGAAAUUUACAAAUUUUAAAUUUUAACUUAAUUUCAUAUCUGAUUUAUAGUAAAUGGAUAAUCAUGAUUUUGAAUUUGCAGCGAUAAACUGAAAGUGUACUUAAUCUAGUGCAAUCAAAAGGUCGUGUAAAAGUUUUCUCAUUUUGACAAAUUAGCACAUUGAUGAGUUAGCACAUUGAUGAGUCAGCACAUUGAUGAGUCAGCACAUUAAUGAGUAAGCACAUUAAUGAGUAAGCACAUUGAUGAGUAAGCACAUUGAUGAGUUAGCACAUUGAUGAGUCAGCACAUUAAUGAGCAAGCACAUUGAUGAGUGAGCACAUUGAUGAGUUAGCACAUUGAUGAGUCAGCACAUUGAUGAGUCAGCACAUUAAUGAGUAAGCACAUUGAUGAGUAAGCACAUUGAUGAGUUAGCACAUUGAUGAGUGAGCACAUUGAUGAGUCAGCACAUUGAUGAGUAAGCACAUUGAUGAGUCAGCACAUUGAUGAGUUAGCACAUUGAUGAGUAAGCACAUUGAUGAGUGAGCACAUUGAUGAGUUAGCUUAUUGAUGAGUUAGCACAUUGAUGAGUUAGCACAUUGAUGAGUAAGCACAUUGAUGAAUUAGCACAUUGAUGAAUUAGCACAUCUACAAUGAUAGCCAUAAAUGUUAUACCUGCUAUUGACCCAAUCACAUUUUAACCAAUACUUCCAGAGUCAAUAGCAAUAGAAAAAUUAUCUUUGUGGGAGGGAUGAGAAGCAUUUUUCCAAAGACCUCACCACCCAUCAAAUAUUAAAAUAUUUAUCAGUAUGAGAGAAACACUAGCAAAAUGGUGAUGAACCCCCCUCCUCUAUCAGAUUUUAAUACAAGUGCUUCCCACCCCCACCCACCCAGAUAAUAUUGGAAUAACCCAUAUUAGGAAAAUAUGUACCUUGGCUGCAUUAUUCCAUUGACCAAUCAAAUGUCAUAUUACAUCUUUCAUAUAACAGAAUUCUUCAUUCCUCUAGUGUAUCAAGGUUUUUAACAGUAUACACUUUGUGAUGAUGCUAGGAGUUAGCUGCUGAAUCUGUGGUUGAGGGGAGUAUUUGUGUGUGAUCCAGAAAAUCUGUUUAAUUUCUUAUGUAAUUAGAAGUACACUGUAAUAGAAAAAUAAAAAAUAUUUGAAAUCUGGUAUCAGAAUCUGUAGAAUAAAAUGGUUUGUAUUUUGUAUAUUUUAGGAUAAACCAGCAGUAAAAAGAUAUAGAUAUCCAUGUUAAUAUAAUUAAGACAGUUGUACUUUGGAUUUCCUGUAGUUCAUGCAGGUUUGACAAUUUUACACGGUAGCAAUUAGAUGUCAAGACAUGAAAGAAUUAUUACAGAGUUUCUGAAAUAUCAGAAUUAUACAGUUGUCAUAUUAUCUGUUUUUUGUAAUGACUUAAAAAAAGGGAGGAAAAAGAAGAGAGUCAGGCCGAAUCACUUCAGACCUUUCUUUACAUUUGUUAUAAAUUGGAUUUCUGAUCUGGGUAAAUUUAUUUAAGAGGAAAAUCUAAACAAAACAGUUACUGACCACCUUUAUCAGGAAUGUGCAGUGAAUGACUUUAUUCAGAAGGAUUUCACUAAAAAUACGUUUAACCUAAUUAAUGCGGUCUCCACUGUUUUCUAUGGAGGCUUAACUGACUUGACAAAACCUGUGUGUAUGUCAUUCAUUUUUACUCGGAUACUUCUUUUGUUGAAUACCAUACAUUUUGACACCAACCUUAUUGAAUAAGAUAUUUGUCAGUAUAAACAAUCAACUCGUCUUGCUGUUUAAAAAAAUCACAUCAAUGUUGUAGACUUGUUACAGAGACUUCAGCUCUGUCAAAGACAUUAUUUUGUAGGUAAUGACAAACUAUUGUGACAUGUGAUACAGAUUGUUAGGUUUCAUAUCAUUAAAAUAACUUUCUUUGAAUAAAGUAUGUCUUUACCAUUGAACAUAA